AUGUCUCUGCUCUGCUCAAAGCUCUUUACGACUCUACGAACCGGAGGUUACUCCAUCGGUCAGAAACAAACACGAGUCGAGGAAAUCCAGGCACCAGUGUCAAGUCCGCAUUGUGCGGUCGGAGACUUCUCGCAAGCACUGGAUCCGGCGAGCAGCUCCAAAGAGGAGAAUUCCACGAAGUUCUUCAAACGGAGGAGUUCGAGCCUCGCCUCGACGGCCACAAUACCCGCCGCAUCGGAGAAGAGUUUGUUCGCACGAACGAGCUCGAACAAACGAAGCAGCCUCCCGAACAUCGAAGUGAAUAACAACAGAAUUGCGACGUCUACCAAGGGUGACCUCGAAGUGCACAAACGGAAAAUCGAAGAGCUCGUCAUCAUGGAAUCGGUCGAGGACGAUAUCAGAGCAGGCAGUGGGAGCGGCGAGAAAGCUUCAACGACUCUCCGCAAGAUAGAGAGCAUCAAUCGGAAACGGGAAGAACGCCGGAGGAGACUGCAAGAGGAGAAAGAAAAUCGCGCCAUCCAGGCUCGAGGCGAAUAUGGUGAAAAUCAGAUUCUCUAUGAUAUGAUUCAAUCCUUGAAAGCGACCCUGCGUGAGAAUCAAUCGCUGAGCUUCCGAGAAUCAGAAGGCAGCAUCUGCGUUGCGGUGAGGAAACGACCUCUGAGCAUGCGUGAGCUUGCCAAACGUGUUGUUGACAUUGUGACUGCAGAUGUCGUUUCGGUGGUUGUUCACGAGCCGAAAGUUAAAUUCGAUCUGAGUAAAAGCAUCGAAAACCAUCGAUUCCGAUUCGAUCUCGCUUUCGAUGAGGACUGCGAUAAUCUGCUUGUAUACAGAUACACAACCCUGCCUCUCAUAAAAGCAAUGUUCAACGGCUCGAUGGCGACGUGCUUCGCGUACGGCCAAACAGGCUCAGGGAAAACAUACACGAUGGGAGGUCAGGCCGAUAUCAAGGGUCUGUAUUCUUUGGCUGCUGGGGACAUCUUCAAGAUGGUGCGGAGAGCCGGCGAAUUGAUGGAAGUCCGUCUAAGUUUUUUCGAAAUCUACGGGUCAAAGGUACUUGAUUUGUUGAAUGAAAAAGCUCAACUGAAAAUUCUCGAAGACAAUCGACAGAAAGUGGUAGUUGUCGGAUUGACGGAGAUUGAAGUGGCCGACGAAGACGAAAUGUUGGAACUCAUCCAGAAGGGCAACGCUUCUCGAACUUCCUCUCAAACGAAGGGUAAUGAAAGCUCUUCGAGGUCCCACGCAGUCCUGCAAGUGUCUCUGUUUGAUGGGACCUCUCUCUUUGGCCGACUAUCCCUGGUGGAUCUCGCUGGAAACGAGAAGGGAUCCGAUACCAUAAGCGCCGAUAGACAGACCCAGAUCGAAGGUGCUGAGAUCAACAAAUCGCUCUUGGCUUUGAAGGAGUGCAUCCGCGCGUUAGGCAAACAGGGAGCCCAUCUACCGUUCAGAGCAUCGAAACUGACGCAAGUCCUCAAAGAUUCCUUCGUCGGCGACCGCAGUAAAACCUGCAUGAUCGCCAUGAUAUCUCCCGGACAGAACUUUUGCGAGAAUACGCUCAACACGCUCCGGUAUGCGGAUCGCGUCAAGGAGCUGAAAAUUCACGAUCCAGCAGAUCGACCUCGGAGCAAUAGCAACUCUAUCAGUGACACAAACACCGGCGGCAGCAGCAGUCGUUCAAGCUACAUCAAACCAAACGCUCCGAGUCCUCUAGCGACUCCAAAGAAACUGCAGUUGUUAGCAGGAUGUUGA